ACUACCUAAAUAAACCCCCAUCGAUCAUCAGGGACGGCCAUAUCCCAGCCAGAAAAUCAUCAAUCACAGGUCACAUAGUUCUCAUUGUCAAAACGAUACUGAACGGCUGUCAAACUUUGUCCAUUACCAUGCGUCACGCAUCCAGCACACCCACGGCGCUCGUCCUAAUCGACAUCCAAGAGGGCUUCAAGCAUCCCACCCACUGGGGUUCGUCACGCAGCACACCAGCAUUCGAAUCCAACGUCGAGACACUUCUCGCAAACGCACGUAAAUACAACGAUGACCUCAAGUCAACACCGGCUUCCGAAGAGCGUCGUCCAAUACUCAUCCUCCACGUCCACCACCAUUCCAUAUCCCUUACUUCCGCCCUCCACCCAUCACACUACCUUGAGGGAUCAUCAACCCCCUCCGUCGCACCUUUACCCUACGCAGCGCCGCUCCCCUCAGAACCGAUCUUCACAAAGAACUUCAAUAGCGCCUUCAUCGGCACCAACCUCGAGGCGAAGCUGCGGUCCGCGGGGAUCCGGCAGCUCGUGGUGGUUGGACUUACGACUGAUCACUGCGUGAGCACUACAGUGCGAAUGGCGGCUAACUUACAGGUUCUGGGCGAGGAUGGAGGGGUGGAUGGUAAUGGUGUGUUGUUGGUAAGAGACGCGGUUGCGACGUAUGAGAAGGGCGGGUUUGAUGCUGAGACUGUGCAUGCUGUGAAUUUGGCUAGUUUGGAUGGGGAGUUUGCGGAGGUUGUUGGGACGGAGGAGGUUUUGGCAGACGCGACUUAUGAAGCUCCAUUUGCUGGGUACCAAGCCAUUCACAGUGCACCAGUGACAGCUAUCUUACAGACAAGAACCGUCACCGACCAUCGGGAGUCAAUUGCCACGAGUACGAGGCUGCAACUACGAAACCCCAGUCAUUACGAUUGGAGGCGCAAACCUCACUCGGGUCUAUUGCAUCAGAUCGAAGUCUGCAGAGCAAUGACUAGGAUUCUUAUCAAGAAUGUAUGUGUUUUUGAUGGCGAGGUCAUUCAAAAUGCUGGAGAUUUUUUGUUCACCAGGUCGGCUGGCAACAUCCAAGACCCGGCGGCUGAUGCCUCUCAAUCUGAGGCUUCAGAUCAUGUUAUCGACGGCCAUGGCUGUACAUUGAUUCCCGGCUUGAUCGACGUCUACGUGAACAUCAAGGGUAUCGGUACGGCGCUGGAUACCUUCGCUAGCCAUGGCGUGACCACCGUCAUCGAUCUUAGCAGCAACAAUGAGCAAUGUCAAUCUCUUCGCGUAUAUGCAGCUGGCAAAACAAAAUUGCCUACUAUGCUUUCUUCCGGUACAGAGGCAGUACCAAUGGAGACCCACCACCCGGAACUCCGCGGUAACUCAGAUACGGUGGAGAUUCGCACGCAUGACGAUGCAGUAGCUUUUGUGUCGGCCAAGUCGAGUGGCCCGGACCGCGCGGAUUUGGUUAAAGUUGCCGUCAGUCUGCAUUCGCACAGCGAUGAAAUACUCAAAACCAUUGUAGACGUCGCUCACGCCUACGGCAAGUUGGUCGUGGCCCGUACUACUGGCAAAGCGUCUUACGAACGUGCCAUGAGGGCCGGUUUCGACAUCUUUGCUCAUGCCCCUCUUGACGCACCCAUCAAUGCGGCAAUGGCUGAAGAAAUGGCUGCACAGGGCAAAAUAUUUAUUCCGACGCUGACCAUGGCAAAGAAUCAAGUGCCAUCGGAACAGUCAUACUUAGAUUACCCCGGAUUUACCGCUAGCCGAAGCCAAGAGCCUACUUCCGCCACAAACAUCAGGGAAUUCGAGAGCAAUGAUGUAGCUCCAGGAGUCACGGUCGGGAACAAUUAUGAUAACGCGACAGAAAGCGUGCGAACACUCCAUGAAGCCGGCGUUACGAUUUGCGCGGGUACAACAGCGAAUGUUGUUCCAGGGGCCCAGGUACCAUUUGGGGAGAGUCUUCAUGAGGAAUUAUCCUUGCUCGUUGAGGCUGGCAUGCCAACUCUGGACGUUCUACGCUCUGCAACCUGUGUGGCUUCCAAGGCGUUCAGCCUUAGCGACCGAGGCAUCCUUCGAGGCGGUUGUAGGGCCGAUCUUGUACUUGUUGAAGGUAAUCCGUUGGAAGACAUCAGUGUCACGCGAAAACUGAAGGGAGUAUGGAUCCAGGGUGAAUAUGUCUGCACACGCCAAAUCUCAGCUUAAACUUAUGGGGUCUUUUGUGGGUGGGGAGCGUCGAGAUACCUUUGGAAUCAAAGUAAGACUUGAGCCGAAGUCGAAAGCACUAGUAAAAUUCAAUAAAACCCAACACAUCUCAUCACAUUGUGUCU